UUUGUUUAAUGUGUAUAAAUAAUAUAUGCACUAGUUUGUUGUCAGAGGAGAGAAUAAUCGGUGAGGAUGGCGAAGAGAUUUCUCGGGAGACUAGAGAAUCGCUUUGGGGUUUGAAUUAUAUUUGCUACUCCUCAUCCCACAAUAACUGUAGAGGGAGAGGGAGAUGGAGAUGUGAGCUGCCCACAUGGUGAACCCGUCUCCUGUCCUCUUAAAGCAGCAGCACGCCUGGUCCUGAUGGCAGCAAUGGCAGCCAGAGAUAUACAUCUCCGUGCAUCUCUCAUGGUGGUCUCGCCUACCAGUCCCAUUAACCCCACAUCAUCCGUCCGUCUUGUCGCUUUCCUUCUCCCCAUUCAUUUUUUUCAUCAAAAAAAUGAACAAUUCCAUCCCGUUAAUUCGAACAGCUAGCUAGCUGCUUGGCCAUCUGUGAAUCGAUUACGCAAAGGACAAAAUUUCAAAGCCAAAGUUAAAGGAAAAAAGUGAAUUCAAGAAGAAGAAGCAGCAGCAGCAACAGCAGGAGGUGGAGAAGAAGGAGAAGAAGGAGCGGUAUGCAGUUGCAGGCAGGUGCGCAGUAGUGGCAACGAUUCUUCUCCUUUCUCUCUCGCUGACUCCAAUUUCUGCUACUUCUCCUCGGGAUUCCUCCCCUCUCUCUGCUACCUUUUCCCACUACUUAUACGCUCCAUUUCCUUCCCUUCCUACUGCUCCAACUGUACUGCGGUGGCAGAGGAAGGGUCUGGAGAAGGGCAGAGGGAGGAUGGGGAGGGACGGAGGAGAGAGGUUGAGCAUGUGUUCGUCUUCUCCUUCUUCUCCAGGGAAGAAGUGGCCACAGAUGAAAGACGCACUCCUUGUUGCUCCAGCAAACAACUACAAAGGUACAACCGCUACCGCCACCCUCAGCUCUGACACGCACUAUAAUAAUAAUAAUAAGGUAAGGGAUCAGUCGAUGGUGGAGAAGGCGUCGCCGGCGAUGGCGAAGGUCGAGGCGCUGCGGUGCCCCCGGUGCGACUCCGCCAACACCAAGUUCUGCUACUACAACAACUACAGCCUCGCGCAGCCUCGGCACUUCUGCAAAGCCUGCAAGCGCUACUGGACCCGCGGCGGCACCCUCCGCAACGUCCCUGUCGGUGGCGGGUGCCGGAAAAACAAACGCGUCGUCAAGAAACCCGCCGCCGCUGCCGUCGGAAACCCCUCUCGCCCUCUUAUAAGCCCGCCGCCGGAUCGUCAUCGAAUAAUUCAUACUAAUUCUCUUCCGGCGGACGCUGGGAGACCAGGGGCUGCCGCCGCCGCGCUCUACGCGCACCACGCCCUGCAGCAGAUGGCCUCCGCUGCCUCGUUGCCGCUAGUCUUUGACGGCCUCGCCGACCCGUCCUAUGAUCUGCUGCCGCAUCUCGGCCUCGGAGUGCUCUCCUCCAACCAAGAUCUCGGCUUUCAGCACCUGCCGCCGGUGAAUUCCAUCCUGAGCGACGACAAUCUACUGAUUGGGCCCUCUAUGCUUCCCUCUCCAUCACUCUUUCCGUCGAGCAUCAAGCAUCCGAUGAAGCAAUUAGAGGAUCAAUUCGACCAGUCUUUGCUCCCAUUCGACACGAGUGCUGAUCAAUUGGAGGCCUCCGCACUGACCAACGGAGGCAUCAACGGGAUGAUGAAGGAAGUCAAACUAGAAUCGUCGCAGAGCAACAAUAUGAUGACUGGCAACAGCUUCUCGCAGAAUUGGCAGAACUCCAUUGCCCCCUCCCAUGUCAAUCCCCUGGAUAACUUCCUUCCGACACCUUCAGUUUCCAUGUACUGGAAUUCAACCACCGCUGCUGCCGGCGGCGGCAUUAGUUGGUCGGAUUUCAACACAAACUGCAGUUCCUCCAUUGCUCCUCUUAUCUAAUUCCUUGUUAGCAUCAUCCCUCAACUUAAAGUAAGAUCAUUGGCUUCUUCAUCUUCUUCAGUUUUCAUAAAUUAAGAUAAUUACUGGCUUGCAUUGCAUCGAUCGAUCUACUCCCAAUAGCCAGAGGAAUUAACAAGUAUACUCGGAUCGGAUAGAUCCUGACGGUUCGCAAGGAAAUUAAGGUCUCAUCAUCAAGCCCCUUGUGUUUUUAAAUCAUCGUGGCACCAAACAAGACUGGUUUAAUUUGCCCCCAGAAGAACAUCGACAAUCUCACUGCUGGAAAUUUAAUAAGAAGAUGAUCAGCUGCAGUUCUUAAUUGCAUGUAUGUAUAUAUAUAGCAGGGAUUAUGAUCUACUGGUGUGGUUGGUUUUAAAAUUCUUCAUCAGUUCAUAUCAAUAUCUAAUAAUAGUUGAUCUGCUGAAGAGACAUGCCAUUUAACAAAUGAUAUUAUUUGUUUUUUCACUUUCAUUUCUUUGAAGUGCUUGCAGGAAUUAAGGACUUGGUAUAAUUUUCCUCGAGUUGGUGUGGGACUAGUAGUGUUUCCUUGUUUUUGUUCAUAUUUUUCUUUUCUGUACUGUAUUAAUUGAUACAUUAAUGAACUUGUUUGCUUUGCUCUCAAGAUUAUUACAUUGUUGUUCA